AUGGACAUCAUGGACCUGCUAAUGCGGGAAGAUCUUGCCCAGUUUGAUGAGAACGGCAAAGCCUGGCGAGAUGGACCUGCACCGCCAGAGGACUUGUUGAACUACAUCAAAGAAGUUCGAAAGCAUCUGCUGGCCCGAGAUUUCCCACCUCCAGGAUCUGGUCUGGAACCUCAAAAGGCUGCAAUACCGCGACACAUUGCCCUAGGCAUGAAAGUCAAAAAGGUCCACGAAGUAGAUAACUUCGCACGCUAUGUUGAUAGACUUACCUCGGACAUCGCAUCGUCUAACAAGAAGCCCAUCACGCACCUGGUAGACUUUGGCUCUGGACAAAAUUACCUUGGUCGUGCACUUGCUGCUCCGCCCUACUCCAAGCAUAUUGUGGCCGUCGAGAGCAAACAGCAUAAUAUUGAAGGCGCUAAGAAUAUGGAUAUUUUAGCUAAGCUUGUACCGAAGCCAUUGGUGAUGAGGAACAAAAAACAGUAUCGUGCCUUGACAGGCAAAGGAAAGAAAGCUAAGAAGGAUGAGAUAAACGGGAAGCCUGCAUCUGGCACCGCAGAGGCUCGUGAACGAACGGAAGAACCACAGUCGCAACUUGAUCGCGAGAAUGAAAACAAUUUUAUGCCGAGCCAGCCUGUGCGCGAGGCUGAGUGCAUUGAUGGGGAAUGUAGACUUACGAUUCAAUCCCAAGACACUGCCGCACAGCACACGAAUACGAACGGGAAUGAGACUUCACAGCCACAAGCUCAGACGACCACUACGACAAACUUACAGAUCUACACCGAGGGCCAUGGCAGCGUUCAGUAUGUUGAGCACAUCAUCAAAGAUGGUGACUUGACACCUGUCAUCGACCAGGUCCUCGACAGCUCCGGUGUGAAGAAUGAUGCUGCUGGUUCCAACUCUGACGUAGUGACUGAAAUGCCGAACCUCGAAAUUGUGCCCAAGCCUAAGGACGUCAACGCCAUGGUCAUCUCCCUGCACUCAUGCGGCAAUCUCGUACAUCACGGACUACGAUCUAUGCUCCUCGACCCUCACAUCGCCGCCGUCGCAAUGUCCCUCAACGGCGAUGCAUACAGCAGUACAAGCGAUGAAGAACCCCCCAAAGGCGUCCGCCUCAACAUCACGGCCCGCAUGAUGGCCGUCCAAGCCCCCUUCAACUGGGGCGCGGCCGACAGCGACCUCUUCUUCACCCGCCACUUCUACCGCGCGCUCCUGCAACGCAUCUUCCUCGACCGAGGUGUCGUCUCCGCGCCCGUCGACGCCGCAAACUUCAACUCCGACGUCUCAGCAAAUGGCCACACUUCUCACGUCAACUGGACGCCGCCCUACGGCCGCGGCCCCGGUCUUUCCUCCGACGGCACUUCCACGCCCCUCACCAUUGGCACACUGCGCAAAUUCGCAUAUGGAGACUUUGUAUCCUACGUCCGCGCCGCUAUCGGGAAACUCAUCAGCCCAAACAGUUUCUGCGAGAUCGAUCCGAACUUCAUCAAGGAGAAAAUGGACGGCCUGACGGAUGAAGAUAUCAUGGAUUACGAGACCAGAUACGCGGAGAAGAAGAAGGAGUUGAGCGUCAUGUGGAGUUUGAUGGCGUUUAGUGCGGGCGUGGUGGAGGCGGUGAUUGUGACGGAUCGGUGGUUGUGGUUGGGGGAACAAGAUGAGGUUGAGCAGGCGUGGGUGGAGCCAGUAUUCGAAUACAAGCAUAGCCCGCGGAAUUUGGUGGUUGUUGGUAUUAAGAAGUGA